AUGAGCUUGUUUUGGAUCACAGUAUUCGUGAUAGCCUUAGUGGUUGUGAAGAUUAGCCAGUUGUGGUACCAAUGGUCAAACCCCAAGUGUAAUGGCAAGUUACCUCCGGGAUCAAUGGGCUUCCCGAUCAUUGGAGAGACGUUCGAUUACUUUAAGCCUCAUGGAUUCUACGAGAUCUCCCCAUUUCUCAGGAAUAAGAUGCUAAAGUAUGGACCUUUGUUUCGGACGAACAUUCUUGGAUUGAAAACCGUGGUUUCGACGGAUAUGGAUGUGAACAUGGAGAUUCUAAGGCAAGAGAACAAGUCUUUCAAUUUAAGUUAUCCGGAUGGUUUAGUGAAGCCAUUGGGAAAAGAUAGCUUGUUCUUCAAGACAGGAAACGUUCACAAGCACAUCAAACAUAUCAGUAUGCGUCUUUUGGGCUCAGAGAAUUUGAAGCGGAAGAUAAUUAAAGAUAUGGACCGCGUCACAUGCGAACAUCUUCGUUUGAAGGCUGGCGAAGGAAGAUUCGACGUUAAGGAGGCAGUUUCAAGUUUGAUAACAGCCUACUUGACACCAAAGGUGAUAAGUAAUCUCAAACAAGAGACUCAAACAAAGCUUAUGAAUAACUUCAAGGCCUUCAGUUUUGAUUGGUUCCGGGCAUCUUAUGCUCUCUCUGCCGGGAGGGGUCUCUACAAUACCCUUUGGGCAUGCAGAGAGGGGAUGAAGUUGAUAAAGGAUGUGUACACGAGGAGGAAAACAUCAAGAGAGAAGCAUGAUGACUUCCUCGAAACGACGAUAGAGGAGUUAGAGAAAGAAGGAAGCUUCGUGAACGAAAAUGUGCUUGUAAGCCUCAUCUUCACUCUUUCCUGUAUCACUCAGGAUACCACCUCUAAGGCCACUUGCAUGGCUGUGAAAUUCGUGUCGGAAAACCCAAAGGUUCUCGCAGAGUUGAAGAGAGAGCAUGAGGCAAUCCUUGCGAGCAGAAAAGAUAAAGAAGGUGGGGUUACUUGGGAAGAAUACAGGCACGAGAUGACUUUCACCAACAUGGUUAUCAAUGAGUCACUUCGAAUGACAAACUUGGCUCCUAUGAUGUUUAGAAGAGCCGUGAAAGAUGUGAAAAUCAAAGGAUACACGAUUCCAGGAGGUUGGAUAGUGAUGGUUAUACCUUCAGUGGUUCAUUUUGAUCCUGAAAUCUAUGAAAAUCCUUUUGAGUUUAAUCCAUGGAGAUGGGAGGGGAAAGAGUUGCGGUCAGGGUCUAAAAAGUUCAUGGUGUUUGGAGCGGGAAUCAGACAAUGCGCAGGUUCAGAGUUUGCGAGGCUUCAGAUUUCAAUAUUCCUUCAUCAUCUUGUGACUACUUACACUUUCUCCUUGUCCAAAGAAGACUGCGAGGUGAUUCGGGUACCAGGUGCUCUCUUCCCCAAUGGCAUCUCUAUGAACAUCUCCAAGUGUUGUUCCACGUGA